CUGCCGUCUUGUCAAUUCCUUUCUCUCUCCCUCUCCCUCUCUCCAUUAGUGUCAAAUUAUGAGUUCCAAAAUCGGUGUUGAUUUGUGGGCUGAAAUUAUUGCAUCUGAAGAAGCAGAAGAGCCGCAAAAGAACAAAGCGGAAGUAGUUUAUCAGAGGAGAAAGCCUCAUCAGACUCAUAAAGAUGUGAUCUUGAAUCGGGUUGAUUCGAAUGAGGCCAAUCGGUUGAGUUUGGCUGCUGCUAAGACUAAUAGGAAUCGGGUCAGUUGGAACCGAUCACUUUCCACCAGAGGGAGGACUAGUAUAGCUGUUCGUGCUUGUGUGGACAUUCGGCCUCAGCAAAAGCAUGCAAGAAGAAAAGGAAAACCAGCUCUUCCGAAGGGAAAAGUUGUACAACAUGCAAACUUAGACAAGGAGCGAAAAUACUUUCAAGAAGUUGAUGCCUUUGAGUUGCUUGAGGAAAGCCCCUCUCCGAAACAUGCUAGUACAUGGACUAGAGGCCAAAAUGAGGAUGUUCCUAUGUCACAUUUGCGCUCAAGAUUACAGAAUAUUUUAAUAUCCCUGAAGUUAAACCACGGUUGUGGGCCUUCUAGCACAUUGUUCAAGUUAUUGAAAACUCCAUACAUGACCUUGGAACCUAUAAGAACCUUAGGAACACCAGAAGAAUUUUCUCUCCUAAGUACACCAGGUUUAAAUUCUACCCAAAGUAGAUUUGAUGAAAGUUUAGUAGAGGGAGAUGUACUUGAAAGAGAUGGUAAUUCACAAAAGAGCAGUACAACUUUGGUGCAUGUGAAAGAUGAGGACUGUGAAAUUAUAGAAGCUGCUGUAAAGAAACUUUCUUUGGCAUCCACAUCAGCUUCAUCAGAUCUUCAUCAUGUGGAUCCAUUUGAUACACUAUUAGCAGUUUGUGGACUGUCAGCUCCUUCAAAGCUACUCGAUGUAUUGUCCAACUAUUGUGACCCAAAAAGCAUUGUCAAAAUUGGUGAAGGUACUUAUGGAGAAGCUUUUAAGGUUGGCAAUACUGUUUGCAAGAUAGUACCGAUUGAUGGAGACUUGAAAGUGAACGAGGAAGUGCAAAAGAAAUCAGAGGAAUUACUUGAGGAGGUUGUACUUUCCCGAACUCUUAACCUUUUAAGAAGUAAAGAGGGUGAUGCUUAUAAUGCCUGCACAUUGUUCAUUGAGACCUUAGGUUUGAAAGUAUGCCAAGGUCCCUAUGAUCCAGUUCUGAUCAAAGCCUGGGAACGUUGGGAUGAUCAACAUGUUUCUGAAAAUGAUCAUCCUAGAGCAUUUCCAGACAAUCAGUGCUAUGUUGUGUUUGUUUUACAACAUGGGGGUAAGGAUCUUGAAAGCUUUGUGCUCCAGAAUUUUGACGAAGCACGGAGUUUAUUGGUUCAGGUUACGGCAGCCCUAGCAGUGGCUGAAGCUGCAUAUGAAUUCGAGCAUCGUGACCUGCACUGGGGAAAUGUACUUUUAAGUCGAAAUGACUCAACAUCGCUGCCUUUUAUUCUCGAGGGGAAGCAUAUGUUUAUUAGAACCUUUGGAAUGUCAAUAUCAAUAAUCGAUUUUACUCUUUCGAGAAUGAAUACUGGUGAAGAUAUACUCUUUUUGGACCUAUCCUCGGACCCUUAUCUCUUUAAAGGUCCAAAAGGCGAUAGACAAUCGGAAACAUAUCGAAAGAUGAAGGAGGUAACAGAAGAUUGCUGGGAAGGAAGUUUUCCCAGAACAAAUGUGCUAUGGUUGCAAUACUUGGUGGAUAUAUUGCUCCUAAAGAAAUCAUUUGAGCGUUCUUCUAAGAAUGAGAGAGAUAUGCGGUCGCUGAAGAAGCGUUUAGACAAGUAUCAAUCCGCCAAGGAAGCAAUUUUUGAUCCUUUCUUCAGUGACUUGUUAGAAGAUGUGAAGGAAGAAUGAGCAGAAUUCGUUAGGCUUGGUAAAUAGUAUAACUUGUAUUAGAAAACUUUUUGUUCUCACUUGUACAUAUCAACUUGGAAGUAACAAAGCAAUGCAAUGAGUCAAAUUUCUCGUGGCUGGUUUUUGCA